CUUCCCUUCUUUCCUUUUCCUUCUGUGUUUGAGAUUGGCAUCGAAGGGGCUGAGUUCGGGUGGUGGCGCCGGGCGCAGCGCAGGGGUCACGGCAACGGCGGCGGCUGACGGCUGGAAAGGCCGGCUUGUCGUCCUUCCCCGGUCCGCUCGGUGUCAGGCGCGGCGGCGGCGGCGGGGGCGCAGCGGCCGGACUUCGUCCCUCCUCCAGCUCCCCCCUGCGCCGGAGCGGCCACUCUUCCCUUCGCCAUCCUCCGACCCUUCACCCCGGGUACUGGACGCUUCCUCCGGCGUAGCUCAGGGAGCGGGGGCCGGUCUCCUGCUCGGCUGUCGCGCCUCCAUGUCGGAUAACCAGAGCUGGAACUCGUCGGGCUCAGAGGAGGAUCCGGAGACUGAGUCCGGGCCGCCUGUGGAGCGCUGCGGAGUCCUCAGCAAGUGGACAAACUACAUUCAUGGGUGGCAGGAUCGUUGGGUAGUUUUAAAAAAUAAUACUCUGAGUUACUACAAAUCUGAAGACGAGACAGAGUAUGGCUGCAGAGGAUCCAUCUGUCUUAGCAAGGCUGUCAUCACACCUCAUGAUUUUGAUGAGUGCCGAUUUGAUAUUAGUGUAAAUGAUAGCGUUUGGUAUCUUCGUGCUCAGGAUCCAGAUCACAGACAGCAGUGGAUAGAUGCCAUCGAACAGCACAAGACUGAAUCUGGGUAUGGGUCUGAAUCCAGCUUACGUCGACAUGGCUCUAUGGUGUCACUGGUGUCUGGAGCAAGUGGUUAUUCUGCAACAUCCACCUCUUCAUUCAAGAAAGGCCACAGUUUACGUGAAAAAUUGGCUGAAAUGGAAACCUUUAGAGAUAUCCUAUGUAGACAAGUUGAUACUUUACAGAAGUACUUUGAUGCCUGUGCUGAUGCUGUCUCCAAGGAUGAACUUCAAAGGGAUAAAGUUGUAGAAGAUGAUGAAGAUGACUUUCCUACAACACGUUCUGAUGGAGACUUCUUGCAUAACACUAAUGGCAAUAAGGAAAAGUUAUUUCCACAUGUAACACCAAGAGGAAUUAAUGGCAUAGACUUUAAAGGGGAGGCAAUAACUUUUAAAGCAACUACUGCGGGAAUCCUUGCUACACUUUCUCAUUGUAUCGAACUAAUGGUAAAACGUGAGGACAGCUGGCAAAAGAGACUGGAUAAGGAAAUUGAGAAGAGAAGAAGAAUAGAGGAAGCGUACAAAAAUGCCAUGACAGAACUGAAGAAAAAAUCCCACUUUGGAGGGCCAGAUUAUGAGGAAGGUCCAAACAGUCUGAUUAAUGAAGAAGAGUUCUUUGAUGCUGUGGAAGCUGCUCUUGACAGACAAGAUAAAAUAGAGGAACAGUCACAGAGUGAAAAGGUCAGAUUACACUGGCCUACGUCCAUGCCAUCUGGAGAUGCCUUUUCUUCUGUGGGGACUCAUAGAUUUGUCCAAAAGCCCUAUAGUCGCUCUUCCUCCAUGUCUUCCAUUGAUCUAGUCAGUGCCUCUGACGAUGUUCACAGAUUCAGCUCCCAGGUUGAAGAGAUGGUGCAAAACCACAUGACUUACUCAUUACAGGAUGUGGGUGGAGAUGCUAAUUGGCAGUUGGUUGUAGAAGAAGGAGAAAUGAAGGUAUAUAGAAGGGAAGUAGAAGAAAACGGAAUUGUUCUGGAUCCUUUGAAAGCUACCCAUGCAGUGAAAGGUGUUACAGGACAUGAGGUCUGCAAUUACUUCUGGAAUGUUGAUGUUCGCAAUGAUUGGGAAACAACUAUAGAAAACUUUCAUGUGGUGGAAACAUUAGCUGAUAAUGCAAUCAUCAUUUAUCAAACGCACAAGAGAGUGUGGCCUGCUUCUCAGCGAGAUGUAUUAUAUCUUUCUGCCAUUCGAAAGAUCCCAGCCUUGACUGAAAAUGACCCUGAAACCUGGAUAGUGUGUAAUUUUUCUGUGGAUCAUGACAGUGCUCCUCUGAACAAUCGAUGUGUCCGUGCCAAAAUAAAUAUUGCUAUGAUUUGUCAGACCUUGGUAAGCCCACCAGAGGGGAACCAGGAGAUCAGCAGGGACAAUAUCCUAUGCAAGAUUACAUAUGUAGCUAAUGUUUUCCUUUAUCUUGCAGUGAACCCUGGAGGAUGGGCACCAGCCUCAGUGUUAAGGGCAGUGGCAAAGCGAGAGUAUCCAAAGUUUCUAAAACGUUUUACUUCUUACGUCCAAGAAAAAACUGCGGGAAAACCCAUUUUGUUCUAGUAUUAACAGUGACUGAAGCAAGGCUGUGUGACAUUCCAUGUUGGAGGAAAAAAUAAAAAACAAAAUUGAAUGCUCUAAGCUGGAACAUAGGAUCUAUAGCCUUGUCUGUGGCCCAACACCCUGGCCUUGUGUACAAAAAUGAAGAAAGACUGCAAUGGCAAAGGUGAACAUCUAACACUAGCUGUCUCCUGUUAGAUCUCCUCGCUCAGCAUAUAACUAUAAAUACAUGUAAUAUUACAUGUAUAUGGCUAUAUUUUUAUUUGCUUGCUCCUAGAAGAGAGAAAAAUCAACUUUGAAUCACAGUUAGGAAUUGAUGCUUUAAUUUUUGGAAACUUUUUCAGAAUUUUUAAUUUACUAUGGUCCGGCCUAAGAUCCUCAUUUGUAUCAGGUUUUGUGCACAAAAGAAAAGCACAAAAGUUGAAUGCACGUGGGGGCAUGUGUUUUCUGUGCACCACAUACCUGGAUGGGGCUCCUUUUUCAGGCCUAUGGUUAAAUCUGUGUUCAGAAUUUUUUGACUUUUUUGCUUUGUAUAAUCAUAGAAUUCAUUGCUGCUGAUUUCUAUAAUGAUUCAUGUUGUUACCUAGUGUCUCUUAAUAACUGAGGGCUGUCAGUAACCUGUGAUUUUGCCUUUUCUAUAGUCUUACUCCUAUGAAGAACCUUGGUUCUGAUGGAGAAAGAGUGAAAAGCUUUAUUUUUUCCCCCAGGUAUCUUUCUAUUUCUAUUGUAUUUUUAGUUGUGUACUGUGUGCUACAGAUUUUUUUCAGUUUGUUUACAAACACAAUGUGGUAAUUCCUCAAUUGGUUCUGCCUGCCUCCAAACAGAAACAUACAACUGUUGUGGGUAUAAACUACUUUCUGGUACAAUAGUAAGGAUAAAACAAGCUCAUGUUUUCUUGAAAUUUGUUAGAAGAUACACGGUAUUUCUCAUUAAGGUAAAUCAGGCUGUCUGGGUUUGACAUUUGAUUCAGUGUCUCUGGUAUUCGUAACAGGCAUGUUAGCUCUUCUAAUUUGGGUCCAUUUAAAGGCUUUGUUGCAAGAUGUGCAUAGAAAACGUGAGCAGUGCUCCUCUUUGCCUCUGGCUCAGAAUUUUCAGCAAAGCAGUAAAGGAUUCCAUGUGAUUCAAACUGAAAUUCUUCCCUUAGUUGCUGUAAGAACUUAAAUGUAAAAUACCUUCUUUAGUUUUAGGCCUCUGAAAAACCUUGAAGCAUGGAGUUGAGGCAAGGAAUGGGACUCACUGAAGUAGAAAUGACUGCCCACUUCAAAAUUUUCAUUGUGUUUAUACACAAAUGUGCUUACAUAUGUCAGAGGCAUUUUUAGAUGCUUUGCUGACUUGUUCAUCUCUGUAGAAACACAGAAAUCAGACCCAUUUUGUAAAGCAGAAAGUCAUGUCACUUGGAACAUGUCCUGUAUAUAUUUCAUACAUGGUAAUGGAGUCUUAAUGAUGAAUGCAAGGUGAUAAUUUAAUGAUGGGAUUAGUCUGAUCACUUAAUAUGCACAAUCCUGGAAGUGAAUUACUUGCAUCAGAUAUAGUGGUAUUUAUUAUUCUGUACAGAGAGAAAUAAUACAUAUAAAACAUAUGCUUAUAUUACAUGCACGCAGAUUUCAUGCUCCAUAAAUCUUUUCUAUUUUUUAAUUUACCUUUCUCUAAAUGAUGUGCAUGGAAUAUGCCUUAUUACAGAAAAACGCUGUUCAUAAUUUGACUGUGUGGAAAAGUGCCUAUAUGGUGGUAAUGCUAGUAAGGCAAAUAAGACAAAUUAUCAUAUGAGUUUACUACAUCACCAGUUAACAUUUUAUAUUGUGAUGUUUAAAAAAGAAAAGUUUAUACCUCAAAUGUGUAUUUUAUUUUACAAUCAGCUGUGGGUUUGGGAUGGGAUAUGGGAGGGUUGGGGGGGAGGGUUUAUUCACCAUUGCCACUGAUGGGAAUCUUCAAAAAAAUUCUCUAUGCCCACUAUAAAUGUUUCUCUGUUUGCCAUGUCUGGUAACUAUCAUGAACACGGACAAGUAACUUUUUCAUAACUAAAUUGGAUAGCUUCAUUUUAAAAAGGUAUGGAAAGCUUACAAAGCAGUGUCUAAAUCUAAUUACCUUUAGUUGCAUUUGCACUAAAUGUUAAUGAUACACUUUUGCAAUUCUGUAAAUGAAAUGAUUACACUAAAAACACUUGUAUUAAAAAAAAGAAGAAAAAGACAUGUUUACCUUUAGAUAACUAUACAGGUACUUCACUAGAGUUUAAUCCCAUCCGAUCAGAUUUAGAAAUCAGUUGGGGAAUACGGAAAGAGUUUUAAAGAGGUCAAAAUUUGGAGAGGUACUAGCCGUUCUAAAAAAUAUUCAGACCCUCUAGGAUUGUAUCUGUAUGACUAAUUCCUAGUCAUUGUCUGAAUGGACAUGAUGUUUUCCCAAACACAGUAAUUUCUUCUCUUCCCCAAACAAAACAAAAUACCCUUUUACUCUCUUUUCUACUCACUCUUUUGUACUGUGAUAGAAACUUGAAAAAUAUUGGUAAUGAUGGGUUUGUCCCUGAGUGCCCACUGUACAGGACAAGAGAGCACAGUGUUUCGCUUGGAAAUGAGGACUCCUAAUUUUGAUCACAGCAGCUCUUGGUUUGGGAUCGCCACAAAGACAGCCAGACUAAGGAGGGGAUGGCUGGGAGAGAGGCGUAAGAAUACAAAAUAAGGGAAAGGAGCAACAGGUUUUCCACUUGUUCAGUUUCAUUGGCUAAUUUGUACACCUGUACAAACAUCAGUGUCAGCUGCUAUUAAAAUUUUAGUUGGGCUGAGCUGGUUCUCUUGUGAAAUUGUGCUGGUUAUCUUUAAGCUUAUCAGUUGUUUGUCCAAUUAAACACUUUCACCAGUAUUUAGUCCAAGUUGUACAGACAGUGUAUUUGGAAUACUGUCAUUGUUCAUCUACAAACUCAAAACAUAAUCAUUUUAAAGUACCUUGGGAGUGUGUAGAGUAUAACUAUUCUAUAAUAGCUUUAUGAUCCUGAUGAUGUUUUUAAAAAAUAAUAAAGUUGGAUCUUCCAUGUUACAAUCACAAAAUUAAAACCAGUAUUUAAAAGUGGAAAAGUAUUAAAAUAUUAUGGACAAAUGUAUUUGCUUGAUUGUUUUCCUUAACCCCAAGAUACUGCCUGCAUAAUUCUGAGUAGUUAAGAGCUUAAAAUAACUUGGGCGCCUGGGUGGCUCAGUUGGUUAAGCGACUGCCUUCGGCUCAGGUCAUGAUCCUGGAGUCCCUGGAUCGAGUCCCGCAUCGGACUCCCUGCUCAGCAGGGAGUCUGCUUCUCCCUCUGACCCUCCCCCCUCUCAUGUGCUCUCUCUCUCAAAUAAAUAAAUAAAAUCUUUAAAAAAAAAAAAGCUUAAAAUAACUCGACUUCAGUAGUUUUUAAACUGGAUUGUAACCCAGUUAGGGAUCAAGAAAACAACAUAAAUUUUUUUUAAACAAAAUAGAACAGAAUGGAAUAGAUCAAGUACAUAACGUGAAUAUUUCAUAUUUUGUGGGUCUUUAUACAUAUGUAUAUAUAUACACACACAUGCAUAGUGGAUUACAGUGUGAAAUGAAUUUCUUACUAAGGAAGCUGGUCCAGAAUUUUUUCAAAUUGCUGAAAAAGUAAAGCCAUAUGCAGUUGGGUAUUUCUAAAAUGAAAGCACAGUGCCAGCCGUGCACACUUAUAAUUCAACUACAUGUACUUAGCCAUAAAUAAAUCAUCUCAUUUAUUUAUUUAAAUAAUGUGGCCAACACCACUUGUUACACUUAGGAAAUAUAUGCCCUAGAACAACCACAAGAUGGGAAGUGUGGAUUUGCAAUUCACUCAGUCAGUGAGUUCCUCCAUGGGUUAUAUUGAAAGGCACUGAGCAUAUUUCUCUCCUAGUGCUCAAAGAUACAUGCCAUCUUAAAAGGACGUGACCUCUAAACACAGGCUGACUACUUAAUCUGGUGGGGUGCUAGAGAGAAAAUCUGGCUGUUGUAUUGGACUUCUUUUUUUAAUGUGUUACAUUUAUUGACAAAUAGUAUGUGGUCCUCAUGGCACACUUGUAAGUAGUUUUUAAAGAGUGAUUUUAAGUACAGGCACUUUUUGCCUUAGGCUUGACCUGAAAUAUAAUGUGCAAAUAAGUAUAGUUCUAACUAGCUACUUCAGAUUGAGUUGGUUUUAUGGCAUCUUCUAGAUUUUGCCAUUGUUUGAGCUAGAUUACAACAGGACUCAUUUUGUUAGCAUUUGCAUUGUUUACCCAUUAAAACAAAUUGUUUAUGAACCUUCCAUGUCUGUAUACUUUGGAUAGCCUUAAACAAAUAUAAAGGUACUUUCUGGCCUCUUCACUCUCUUCCACAGAAUUCAAGUUUAGUACUAGAACAAAUGUUAACAGUCUUUAAACAUCCUAAAAGAUGUCCAGCCAGGAUUUUUUUACCCAGGUUUUUUGAUUGUUGAGGUGCGGAAUGAGGACGUCUCCGUUCAGUGUCUGUACCAUGCACCAUUCCUGCCUUUCAAUGAACUUCUUCCCUUACAGGGUUGCUGCUGCCAGUUGGUGGUGGGGCCCGCCCUCUUCUGCCGUGAGGGACCAGGGGGCUGCCAAGGGUUCCAGGCCCAUUGAGUGACUCCGAAGGCUUGUCUUUUCAUUAGAUUCUGCUGAUUCUGACUGCCUUAGGUAUUUAAUAUCUAGAGUAUAGGGUUUGUCAGACUAGAAAGAACUGACAUCCUCGAAGACUAGCGUUUUUGGUAUAUGGGUCUUAACAUACUUCACUAUUGGCUUCACAAAAAUCCCAAAUACCUGUGUGUCGUAAAAUCCCACCAGAUGUAUAAAUGUUAUCUUAAUAAAUUUGACCAUCAUUAAAUGCCUUAACUGCCUUCCUGUCCUCUAGCUCAGAGGGGUAAGACAGGGAACUCUUAUAUUAAAAAAACAAAAACAAAAAACCAAAAAACCACCAACAAGCCCAAGGAGGUUUUUUAUUGAAGUUUUCAAUCCAAGGACAACCUCCAACAUACAGCUAUCGUUGUUGGUGUGAGCCACCUCCUGCUGCAAAAUGACCACUGAGGUAGCAACUAAAGCAAGCCGUAGAUCCCCUUCCGGUCAGUUCGCUGUGGUUCUUUCGUAGUACUCUUCCUUGGAAUUGGGAGGCCAAAGCGGGUCCAGCAGAGGGGAGUCUGUGUGCAGCAGC